UACUUACUAGCCUAGCAGUUUUGUGAAAUAGGCUAAUGGUCGUUUUGGUCCAGAGGUUUUGGGGAAAUAUUUAUUUAAAUGUAGCUAGGCCUACUUAUUUUAUUACAUGUUUUCACUAUCUGCUUUUCAUAUGAAACGUAACGAUCGUUAAUCGAGUAUCAAAAUACCAUCGGAGAAGUUCUAUUUUGCCUUCAAAAAUCUUGAGUCCCAUUCACUUAAACGGGAACUCCCAUGUUUUCCCCUCAACACACAACAGGCUUACUUCCGGGGCUUCACAAGCGCUUUCCUGUCUAGUUAAAUGUGCAAUGAGUAUAACGCACAACCUAGCAUUUGUUUUAUCCGAAGUAUGCUCAGGGUUUCGGAUAGGCCUAACAGAAGCCACAUCUGAAUAUGAAAGUGACUGAUAGCACUGCAGUAGAUUUUUGGGGGGAAAGUAAAUUGCGCUACUAUGAGCGAGUAAUGUAGGGCUGAGCAACUAAGAUCCCUUAUUUUAGGUUAGGCCCAUAGAAUUUCCGUCGAAGCAAAAAUAAUGAACAAGGAAAUACUAUUGGCUAAUAUAUAAUAUAAUAUAAUAUAAUAUAAUAUAAUAUAGGGGGCCUAUGCCAGAAAUAGGCCUAUCUAAAUACAACGACAGGUUUUGAGGUGACAGCAUUUCUCUAAUGUGAAACUGGAUUAGGUCUACGUUAUUGGACCUUCGUUUUUCCAUCGUUACUAUCAGUGGUAAUGGGCUAAUCUAAACAAAUUCACCGAAUUGUGGCGUAUUUUAAUAAAUCGUUUCAUAUAUUUCUUUCUAAUAUGGUGUUUAUUGAUGAAAUAUUUGCUUGUGCGAUUACAUUUAGUAAUUUAUUGUAUUUAUACAUAAAACAGCACAGGAGUCAUUAUAAUGUGGGAGGACAGAAUAAUUUUGCCAAUAUGCUGCCAGCCUGCCACUUUAAUUCCUAUCUGAUGACGUCAGAUACUAUCGACGAAAGGAGAAAGAAGCGGAUCCUCCGUUGAUGAAUGGAAACACGAUGUCCAGGGUUAAUUCUACCGACAAUGUUUGUUUAAGAUAAAAACGUUAACUGACCAAGACACAGUCGCUCGAAAGAUGCCAUCGGUUGGUCGAAGGGGACGUUGGACCGCAUGGUGCCAAGUUUUCCUUUUCGGUGUGUCCGCAAUCGUUAUUCUGGCCGAGAGAACUGCAUCUGCCCAGGUCUUGAGUUUCUUGUGGUACCACGCCGAUGGAGACCAGCGCAAAUGUUUCCUCUUCUUCAUUCACCUUCUGCACCUGGGCAUCUUCAAAAGGUUUGGUGACUGCAUGCUAUCUGUGUGGCACAUGCAUGGAUCUACAGGCGAGCUUGGUGCUGCAGUCAUGCAGCAAGCAGAUGUGUCUGCCCUCCGCCUGCUGGAGGCACUGUUGCUCACCCUUCCUCAGAGCCUGCUGCAGACAUACGUUCUUGUCACCACUGAUGUGGGCCUGCUGUCACCAGUGUCUUUCUGUUGUGGGCUCUGCUUGCUGUCCUUGUCCUGGGCCCUGGUCCUGUACAGUCGGGCAUGCUGCCUGAUCCGACCAGGUCACCUGGCUAUGCCCCCUGCUGCCCUGCUCUGCCAGCUGUUGUGGAGGGUGGGCAUGCUGGGUGCCAGGAUUUGCAGCCUCAUGUUCUUUGCCAGAAUCUUCCGCUGGUGGGUCUACGGAGUUAUAGGUUUCCACUGGCUGACUGCUUCCUUCUGGAUGGUGUCCCAGCAAACAGACAUCUGUAUCAGCCCCUGGCGCUGGCGUCUGUUCAACUGCAUCCUGGGAGCUGUGCAUGUCUUCUUCUUCCUCAACGUUAAAGAUGGCUCCUCACGGUUUCGCAUGGCUGGCUUUUACAUGGUUAUGCUGCUGGAGAAUGCCACACUUCUCCUCUCAGCCUCAGACUUCCUGAGUGAGGCAACAUGGGAAAGCAUGAGCUUCCCUACAGCUGUGCUUUGCAGUUUCCUCGUGGGCACUACCUCACUGGUACUGUAUUACCGCUUCCUGCACCCCAAAUCCACCGAGAUUUCCCAGAGCCUGCGCCACGGUCACAUCAGCAGCGCAUGUCUGGAGAGGGGGGAGUCCUCUUUCUCACUGGGCGACAAAAGCUUGCCUGUCCCUGCUGACCACACCCACAACAACAGCAGCUUUGUCCUCCCUGGCCUAGCAGGUUCCCUGGCAGAACAUUCUGGGCCCUGUGGUGCCAAACCCAAUGGGAGGGAGUGCAGGCACCACCACUGGCUGCUGAUCCGACUGGCGCUCAAGACGGGUGAUCUGGCUAAGAUCAACCUGGCCUACGGUGCUGGAGGAGUGGCUGCCAUACUGGAUGUGGAGGAGUGCAACCCUGAGAUCAAAGACAGAGGUGUCCCCUCACCCCCUUCGCCCCAAUCGGAGGUAAAAGAGGCCACGGCGCCCCUCUCAGACUGCAAGGAGGAAUUCCAGAGCAUCAGCGAAGCCACCACCUCCCCAGGGGGCCAGCGGGAAGAAGAGGAGGAAGAGGAUGACAGCCUGGAGAUGGAGAGCCCCUUGGGGUCCCCUGCCUCUGACUUCAAGAGGGGCUCCCCUGAGGGCAAAUCUGUGUUGGGGGACAGCCCCGAACUUAACUUCUGCCCCACCGAGUCUAGCUCCACUCUGUACUUCAGCGCUGACCCCCAGUCCCCUAGCAGCACCAGUAACCCAGGCCUGGAGAACCUGCCAGAACUCAGCCCCAUAACAGGUGACAAAGGCUUGCAUGGGGAUUUCAGGGGCUUCUUGGGCAGAGUUGAACCCCGGUACACAUCCACCCCAAGACUGGACCCAGGGGCUCAGGAACAACCAGCUCACCAUCUUGGGGGCCCCAGGAGGCAGCUGGUGCCGCUAAGAAAAGAAGAAGAUGGAAGUAUUUUUAAGAAACCUGAGCAGAAAGGGAACUCAAAGGACGAAUAAAUAAUGGGAGGUUUCAAAAGCACAAAUGUCCCACAUGUAUGGGAGUUCUCUUUCUAUAGGAAAUCGGACAGUCUUUGGUUUCACAAAGCAUUUUGUCCGGUGCAGACUCCAAAAAUGUGACCUAUGUUUUGAACCAUUGCUUAAACAUGGCAAGUUAACCUUUUUGUGCGAUUCUUUCUUAUGCCUCUCUUUUUAACUGAUGUGUAUUCUCGCCUUUUAAAAGAGAGUUUCUUGCUAUUCAAUGAUUGUUACAGUUGUUUACUUUAAUUAAGGUACCAAUAUUUCAAAUAUUUAAACUAUAUAUUCAUGUAAAUUUCUUUUUCCAAGUAGUUGUUUUUGCAAGUACUUGCUUGUUUUGUGAAUCCCCAGUGUCUCAAAUAGUCCUGAAGGGAAAAAUAAUAAUCUGCUCUGAAACUCUA